UUUAGAACCGGGUUCUAGGGGGCAUCUCUUAAUACAAAUAAGUCUCUUAGCUGCUUGUUGUGCUGUCUUCUUCCAGGUGUUUAAUGAUCCCAUCCACGGUCACGUGGAGAUGCAUCCUCUUCUCAUCAGAAUCAUCGACACACCUCAGUUCCAGAGGCUCCGAAACCUCAAGCAGCUCGGCGGGGCCUACUUUGUUUUUCCUGGAGCAUCCCACAACCGCUUCGAACACUCCAUCGGAGUCGGUUACUUGGCAGGGAGACUUGUACAAGCUCUGAACCAGAGGCAGCCAGAGCUGCUCAUCUCUCGCAGAGACGUCCUCUGUGUGCAGAUCGCUGGGCUCUGCCACGACCUGGGACACGGGCCCUUCUCCCACAUGUUUGACGGGAUGUUCAUCCCCAAAGCACGGCCAGGGAUUACCUGGAAGCAUGAGAAGGCCUCUCUCGACAUGUUUGACUACCUGGUGGCUGACAACGGGCUGGAGCCGGUGAUGGAGCAGCACGGCCUGAAGCUGCCCGAGGAUCUGGACUUCAUCAAGGAGCAGAUCGGUGGACCACCGGUCACGGUCACAGCUCGAGGCCAGAAGGUAGAAGCUGCCGGUUCUGCACGUGUGAAAUAAAUCCGUAGCAUCAUUCAGGUUUUAUCGUGGAAAAAGUGAGAACGUUCUCCUGUUCUCCCUGAGCAGGGAAAUGAACUACUAGUUAUUUG